UCUCUCUUUCUCUCUCUCUCCUUUGAUGGCGAAUUGGUUAACGUUUUCUCUGUCACCAAUGGAGAUGUUGAAAUCACCUGAUCAAUCUCACUUCGUUUCUUAUGACGCUUCUUCAGCUCCUUACCUCAUCGAUAACCUCUAUGUUUUGAAAGAAGAAGCCCAGAUAGAAACUGCUUCAAUGGCGGAUUCAACAACCCUUGCCACUUUCUUCGAUUCACAAACCCAUUCUCCGACUCAGGUUCCCAAGCUCGAAGAUUUCUUCGGCGACUCUUCUACCUCCUUCGUCCGUUACUCCGAUAACCAAACAGAGAGGCAAAACUCUUCCUCUCUCACUCGAAUUUACGAUCCACGACAUCACACCGGAGAAGUUACAGGUUACUUCGCUGAUCAUCACCACGAUUUCAAGACGAUUGCUUGUUUUCAGACAAACUCCGGCUCAGAAAUCGUCGAUGACUCUGCCUCCAUCGGACGAGCUCAUCUCUCAAAAGGCGGCGAAUUUCACGUUGUGGAUUCGUCCACGACGGCGACGGCGGAGCUAGGGUUUCACGGCGGUUGCACCAACGGAGGAGCUUUGUCUCUUGCGGUUAACAACACUGAUCAUCCUUUGAGCCGCAAUCAUGGCGAGAGAGGCAAAAACAGUAAAAAGACGAUAGUCUCCAAGAAGGAUACAAAGGCGGUGGAAUCAACUGAUGAUUCGAAGAAGAAGAUUGCCGAAACAUUUGGACAAAGAACUUCGAUUUAUCGAGGAGUCACUCGACAUAGAUGGACGGGAAGAUACGAAGCGCAUCUAUGGGAUAACAGCUGUAGGAGGGAAGGUCAAGCCAGAAAAGGACGUCAGGUGUACUUAGGUGGAUAUGACAAAGAAGAUAAAGCAGCUAGAGCCUAUGACUUGGCAGCUUUAAAAUACUGGGGUUCUGCUGCUACUACAAAUUUUCAGAUAGCGAGUUAUUCGAAAGAAUUGGAGGAAAUGAAUCACAUGACCAAGCAAGAAUUCAUUGCAUCCCUUAGGAGGACAAGCAGCGGUUUCUCAAGAGGAGCAUCGAUAUAUAGAGGUGUCACAAGGCAUCAUCAACAAGGUCGUUGGCAAGCAAGAAUCGGCCGUGUCGCAGGAAACAAAGAUCUUUACCUCGGAACCUUCGCUACGGAAGAGGAAGCUGCAGAGGCUUACGACAUUGCAGCCAUAAAGUUCAGAGGAAUCAACGCAGUGACUAACUUUGAGAUGAACCGUUACGAUGUUGAAGCCGUCAUGAAAAGUUCUUUCCCCGUAGGAGGAGGAGGAGCUGCGAAACGCCAUAAGCUCUCUCUUGAAUCUCCUCCUCCGUCUUCCUCAUCUGACCGUAACCUUCAACAACAUUUGCCUCCGUCUUCUUCCUCGGAAUUGGACCCUAACUCAAUCCCGUGUGGGAUUCCGUUUGAAUCUUCAGUUCUCCACCAUCACCAGGACUUAUUUCAGCAUUAUCCUGCAGUCUCUGACUCUACUACAGUUGAUGCUCCUAUGAACCAAGCUGAGUUUUUCUUGUGGCCUAACCACUCUUACUAAAUCAUAAUGGUUUCUUCCGUACUAAUGUUGGUUUAUGGACUCGAGGCUUAUCUUCUUGAUUUUGGCUAUACCCUAUUUAGCUGACAAGAAGAUUGCACUUUCGUUGUCUUUUUGUUUUUUGUUUUUUUUAACUGUAGACUAGGAAGAAGCAGAGUGGAGAAAAGUUUAAGAAGCUGAAACUUUUGGGGUCAAUUUUGUAGUAAUGUAUUCCUUUGGUUAGCGGUGGUUUAUUGUGGGAUUUAGUAAUUUUAUUUUUGUAUGUAAUCGGCUUAUCGGUAUUACUCUGUUUCCUCCAUUUAUGAAAAUAUCUUUCUCAGA